ACAAAUGCAUUUCAACUUAUCCUUUUAAAAUUUUUUAUUCUAAUUUUACUGAAAAUGGUAUAGUACGUAUCUUUAUAAAUAAUUUUCAGAAUUGUGCGACAUAUGUGGACUUGUAAAGUUUCCAUCAUGGCGUCCAGCAGGGGAAAAGAAUCAGCUGAGCAGGCCAAGCUGAGGUUUCAGGUGGAACUGGAGUUUGUGCAGUGUCUGGCCAACCCCAACUACCUGAACUUUCUUGCCCAGAGGGGAUAUUUCAAAGACCAGACAUUCAUCAACUACCUGAAGUACCUUCUGUACUGGAAGCAGCCUGAAUAUGCCAAGUAUCUUAAAUAUCCGCAGUGCUUACACAUGGUGGAACUACUGCAGUAUGAAGCCUUCAGGAAGGAGUUAGUGAACUCACAGUGUACAAAGUUCAUAGAUGACCAGCAGGUCCUCCACUGGCAACAUUACACCAGGAAGAGGAUGAGGCUCCAGCAGGCUGCAGCAUCACUGGGCCAACAGAUGGCUCAACAACCAGAUCAACAGGGACCUGCAUCAUAACUAUAGGGGUGGGUUAGCCUGGUACUCAACCAUAUUAUACUUUAUAGCUCCUGAGUCUUUGGGAUAGGACAGCAGAGACUCAUCAGGAGCUAUAAUAUGGCUGGAUACUAGGCUGGGCGUGGAUGACUGGACUGGACUGGAAUAUCACUUUGGAUUGGUAAAAACAAAAACUAAACCUUAGUGGACCAGUUAAGGACUGGGACAAAAAAAGUUCAAACUGGUACAUUGAACACAUAGACUAAAACAAAAAAACAGAUGCAUGUACCUAGAUUAUUACAUGUACUUUGCCCCAUUAUUUCUCUUGGGCCUAGAUAUCAACAUAAGAAUAGGACAAAAAGAAAACUUAUGGGGCAGAGCUGAACUUGUGUUAACCUACUACUAGCAUAUGAUAAGGGGUCUGUCUCUCAACAUGUGACAGACCUGGACCUGAACCAGAUCUGGACCCGAAACUAGAAAGUUUCAAUGGGGGUAGGUUCCAGGUACUAGCGACCGCCUCCAACUUUCUGCAGCCUGCCUGCUGGAAAGGCAGCUGCAUUAGAACUGCAGGGAUGUGGCUCAAGAUGCUUCAUCAAUGUGUGAAGAAGGCAGAUUUAUUUUUUUUUUAUUUUUGCAACCGACAUGCCUAACAACAGAUUGUGAAAUAUACAUUCAGCAAAAGGAGGAAAGAAUGGGAGAAACAUAAUAGUGUUGUGUAAAGGUGCUUAUGGUAACGUGUUGUUACUGAUGUGCUCUCUGGUAGCUAUCUGGUUCAUAUUGUUAAGUACAUGUACAUGUACAGAUAUAUUUAAAAUAUUGGACAAGUACACAUGUAUCUUCAAUAGGAACCCAUGUGUAUGAGAUGGUGUCCCAGGAAAGUGCUCCUGUUGUAUAUACUCCAUGUCCAUUAUUGUGAUUUUAUAUCAUUAAUCGUGAAAGGUCUAACCAUAAUUUCUGUGAAAUUCAAUCUUGUAUGUGUAUGUUGUACAGUAAUGUGUAUUGAGAAAGUUAUUAGAUUGAUAAAAUAGCUCUGUGCACAUUCAUUAUGUAACUGCAUUUAAAUUAUUAACUUUUAUUCAUCUAGUACACUU